GGUCAAAAGGAUCCCAGGGCUUGCUUGGUCAGGGGGACCUUGGAGCUCCGCUUGGCGGUUUGUCCAGUCUGCAGCACCAGUCCAUCCUUUUAGGGAAGAUGUAUUCAAACAGUCUCUUAGUCUGGAAGAAUGGAAGAAAACGCUGAAAACGCACCCGCACUCUGGUUGGUUGAAAGGGUUCCGCCAGGAGCCGGAGAGGUAUGGCAAGUAAAAACUACAUUUCCCAAGGGGCAGCGCGUCACGUCACAGAGGAACGACCGCGCAUGCGUAGAGGGGCCUCGCGCGACUACGCUCAUACAAGGAAAAAAAAGCGUGUACGGUUCUCGACGUGCCGCCAAUCUUCGAACGGAGGUCCGUGACCAUCGCAGACUCCGAAAAAGCGUUCGACGAAUGCGCCUGUUCCCCACGUCGGUUUCCAGCCCGACGAGCUUGUUUUGUCCGAGACUGGGCACCCCUGUAGACAAUGGCCCUCGUGUCUGCCGAUUCCCGUAUUGCAGAACUUCUCACAGAACUCCAUCAGCUGAUCAAGCAAACCCAGGAAGAGCGUUCACGGAGCGAACACAACUUAGUGAACAUCCAGAAGACCCACGAGCGGAUGCAGACAGAGAACAAGAUUUCUCCCUAUUAUCGGACAAAGCUGCGUGGCCUCUAUACAACCGCCAAGGCUGAUGCAGAGGCUGAGUGCAACAUCCUUCGGAAAGCUCUGGACAAGAUUGCAGAAAUCAAGUCUCUAUUGGAGGAGAGGCGGAUUGCGGCCAAGAUCGCGGGUCUCUACAAUGAUUCAGAGCCACCCCGGAAGACCAUGCGCAGAGGUGUGCUGAUGACCCUGCUGCAGCAGUCGGCCAUGACCCUGCCCCUGUGGAUCGGGAAGCCUGGUGACAAGCCCCCACCCCUCUGUGGGGCCAUCCCUGCCUCAGGGGACUACGUGGCCAGACCUGGAGACAAGGUGGCUGCCCGGGUGAAGGCUGUGGAUGGGGACGAGCAGUGGAUCCUGGCCGAGGUGGUCAGUUACAGCCACGCCACCAACAAGUAUGAAGUAGAUGACAUCGAUGAAGAAGGCAAAGAGAGACACACCCUGAGCCGGCGCCGGGUCAUCCCACUGCCCCAGUGGAAGGCCAACCCCGAGACAGACCCCGAGGCCUUGUUCCAGAAGGAGCAGCUCGUGCUGGCCCUGUAUCCCCAGACCACCUGCUUCUACCGCGCCCUGAUCCAUGCACCCCCACAGCGGCCCCAGGAUGACUACUCUGUCCUGUUUGAAGACACCUCCUAUGCAGAUGGCUAUUCCCCUCCCCUCAAUGUGGCCCAGAGGUACGUGGUGGCUUGUAAGGAGCCCAAGAAAAAGUGAAGCUGUCCAGUGUACUCGCCAUCCCCCAGCGGCACAGGGCAGGACAGCAGAGGAUGUGCUGGGAUUAAACGGACAUUCCCCUC